AUGGCUUCUUCUACAGGUGGAGUCAUAUCAGGACAUAACCCAUUUGUAUAUAACUCAGGAUCUCCAAUCACUCUAUUCCUGUUUCAAGCAUGCUUGAUCCUGGCGACCUGCAAUCUAAUUCAUAUUCCAUUUUCCAAACUUCGACAGCCAAAGGUUAUAUCAGAGGUUAUUGCGGGUGUGGUACUGGGACCAACGGUGUUGGGCCAGAUCCCGAAUUUUACAGAUACCGUUUUCCCAAGCUCAUCAAUACCAGGGUUAAAUUUAACGGCAAAUUUGGGCAUAAUUCUUUUCAUGUUCUUUUUGGGUUUAGAGGUGGAUACGGGGUUCAUAAAGAGGCAUUUGAAGAAGGCACUGGCGAUCGGUUUGGUAACAUUAGCAAUACCAUUCGGCUGCGGCUGUUUACUAGCUAUACCUUUAUUUCAUGAAUACUCUAACAAAGAUCCUAAUGCUAGGCAAAUCAAAUUCACAGUUUUCAUGGUUUUCAUUGCAGUUUCCUUGGCUGUAACAGCUUUUCCUGUCUUGUGCCGUAUUCUGAACGAAUUGCGUUUGAUAAAAGACCGUGCUGGUAUCAUCGUUUUGGCUGCAGGUAUUGUGAAUGAUAUAGUAGGAUGGAUUCUUUUGGCCUUGAGCGUUAUACUGUCUAGUGCGUCAUCGAAUCCAAUAAACACUGUCUAUAUUCUACUGUGUACGAUGGGCUGGUUCCUAUUGUAUUCGUAUCCGCUGAAAUAUGUACUAAGAUGGAUCUUAAUACGCACACAUGAGCUGGAUAGAACACAACCGUCACCUAUGGCUACAAUGUUUAUACUUUUCAUCAUGUUCAUUUCUGCAUAUUUCACUGAUAUAAUUGGGGUUCAUCCAAUUUUUGGAGCCUUUAUAGCUGGCCUGAUAGUCCCGAGAGAGAAUAACUAUGUCAUCAAAUUAGCAGAACGGAUGGAAGACAUCCCGAACAUCGUUUUGAUCCCCCUUUAUUUCGCAGUAGCUGGUCUUAAUGUGGAUCUGACACUUCUGAAUGAAGGAAGAGACUGGGGUUAUGUGUUUGCUAGUAUUGGAAUAGCUAUAUCUAGUAAGAUCCUAUCAGGAUCAGUUGCCGCUCAUUUGACAGGAUUAUUUUGGAGAGAGUCCGCUGCUGUAGGUGUGCUCAUGUCCUGCAAAGGAAUUGUUGAAAUCGUCGUCUUGACUGUUGGUUUGAAUGCAGAAAUUAUUGAUCAAAAAAUUUUUGGUAUGUUCAUUUUAAUGGCUCUAGUCUCCACGUUCGUUACUACACCUUUGACAUUGAUAAUUUAUCCCGAGUCCUACAGAAUGGAUCUGCAAACUUAUUUGAAUAAAGAAGAGCAAGGCGUAGAGCAAAGUGCGCCUGAAAAUAUCCUUAAAGAUAAUGAGUCCCAAAGCUAUCCCAAAAAUAACAUGAGCUCUUUUCAAGACGUUAAAAACUUUCAUAUUACGCAGGUGAUCAAUAUAACAAACACAGUUGAAACUGUUUCGUCUUCUUUGGAAUUCUUGAAUCAUAUGACUUACGGCAAAUGGAAAGUGCAUAGCGAACCUAUCACUCUACCAGCGAAGGUAGCAAGUAGAUCUUCAAGUCUUUCAGCCUCUACAGUCAAACCGAAUCAUAACAAGAUAAAGAAAUUGGCUCGUAUUUGGUCGCGCAAGGAUGAAGAUGAAACAGUUUUGUCUGUUAUUGAAGAAUCGCCAUAUGGGUUUGAACUUGAGAUUCCUUUGAAAGCGAUUCAUUUGAGACUACUUACCGAAAGGACUGCUGAUCUUUUGCAAUCUUCCUCUAUUUCUAAUGACGAUCCCCAUUAUACUGCUAAUAGCGAUUCUUUACUGCAAAUAUUUAACAUCUUUUCGCGUUUGAGUCAAACAGAAUUCUCUAGCGAAGUAGUCUUCUCUACAAUGAGAGAAAAAGCCACAAAUAUUGUGUCUCUGGAUAUGAAGGCAUCAGAUUUGGUAUUGCUUCCGCUGAAAGGUGCUUCUUUCGAGUUCAAUGGUAGUCCGAUUGCAACACAUGAGCCGUAUUCCAACUUUGAACAUAUACACUCUCAUAUUUUGGGUUUAAAUGAAUUGUCGUCUAAUUUUUUUGCUGUCAUAUCUUCUUCUUUGAAAUCAAGCUUUGCAAUGCUUAUUUCGAACACAGGAGAUAGACUUAAUGUCGACAGAUUCAAAAAGAAGAAGUUUCAUCUUUUACUGCCCUAUUCAAACUUGAGCUCUUCGGAUUUUUUGGCACUGCACAUAUAUCUUCUUAUCUGUUAUCGUGACGUCAAGGAUUGUGGUUCUGCCCAGGGAAUGAUUUUUAUCAAUAAAAACAAUUUAACAUUUGUUGAUAAAUUUUAUGAACUUCUUUCAGAUCAAGAUUGGUUCGACGAAUCCGUUGUAAAUGUUGUACCUAUUGAAAAUCCAAACAAAGUUCAAAGUGAAUAUUACACAAAAGCUUUUAUUGAUGUAGUUCUAGAGUUCGGUCUCAAUCGUAAGGAUUUGAUGGACCUCGAAGAAAGCACAUUUAUUAUCGCUGAGAGAUACUUCUCUGGUGACGUCCCAUUUGAGAACGAAACAAAGGAACUCAUUUUACAGGGUGCGAACCGGAAAUUUGAUGUCUUAGUUUCCCAUUAUUUCAGACAGUGUUAG